AUGUUCACAGCUUCUUGUAUGGGAUUUGUGGACGUGACUGCCAGGGCACUUGAAGAAGCAUGUCAAGCGGCAGUAUUUGACAGCCGAAGCAGAGGUUUGAAACCAUGGAUGAUUGCCCUUCUCAUUGUACUGUUACUGACAGUGGUGGCUGUGGCUAUCGGUCUUCUGGUUCACUUCUUAGUCUCUGACCAGAAAAUGGAGUAUUAUCAUGCCACUUUUAAAAUUUCAGAUCUACGAGGCAACCGUAAUUCUGGACAAAACAGCCCAUAUCAGUUUAUGGAAUUACGGGAGAUUAGUGAAAAUCUGGUGGAUGAGACAUUUAUAGAUUCGGCCUUCAACAAGCAUUAUAUCAAGAACCAAGUAGUGAAACUGACUCCAGAGGAAGAUGGGACGACAGUAGAUGUCAUUAUGGUGUUCCAGUUCCCCUCUGCUGAGUCAAGUGCAGUGAGAAAUAGGAAAAUCCGCAGCGUCUUAGAUGAGAAGAUAAGGAACACAAGAGCCUUGUCAAUAAACACCUCAUCAGUAGAAGUUAAUGCAAUGAGCUCAUCAACAGGGAAGCUAACUGUCCAAGCAUGUUGUGGGAAACGAGUUGUUCCGUUAGUAAGCAACAGAAUAAUGUCUGGAGAGAUCGCGGGCAAGGCUGCCUGGCCUUGGCAAGCUUCUCUUCAGCAUAAAAACAUACAUCAGUGUGGGGCCACCUUGAUUAGUAAUACUUGGCUUGUUACUGCAGCGCACUGCUUUAAGAAUAAAGCAAACCCACAUCAGUGGACUGUUAGCUUUGGAACAAAAAUCAACCCUCCAUUAAUGAAAAGAAACAUCAAAAGAAUUAUUGUUCAUGAGAGGUACCGCUCCCCAGCAAGAGAGUACGACAUUGCUGUUGUGCAGUUCUCUCCCAGAGUCACCUUUACUGAUGACAUCCGUCGAAUUUGUUUGCCAGAAGCCUCUGCAUCCUUCCAACCAAAUUCAACUGUCUAUAUCACAGGAUUUGGAGCACUUUUUUAUGGUGGGGAAUCCCAAAAUGAUCUUCGAGAAGCCAGACUGAAAAUCAUAAGUGAUGAUGUGUGCAAGCAGCCACAUGUGUAUGGCAGUGAUAUAAAAUUUGGAAUGAUGUGUGCUGGAUAUCUGGAAGGAAUAUAUGAUGCCUGCAGGGGUGAUUCUGGGGGACCUUUAGUUGGAAAGGACCUUAAAGAUACCUGGUAUCUCAUUGGAAUUGUGAGCUGGGGAGAUAACUGUGGUCAAAGGAACAAACCUGGAGUCUACACAAAAGUGACUUAUUACCGAAACUGGAUUACUUCAAAAACAGGCCUCUAA